CGAACACAUUCACCACCUACGACUAAAAGCGGGAAUCAUCGCUGGUGCCCGGACGUCUUUGGCAUCUUGACUGGACACUCUCUCAACAAACAUAAUCACCCCUCAUCUAUCGCCUGCCUACGAACCCACAAAGAAGACGCGACCCGUAACCCCUUGAAGCAGCACACAUUCAGUCGGCCGACUAGGAAGAAUCACAGCGAACGAUGCGCGCACAUCCAUCUCCUACAGGCUGAGCGCUCUGGAAUGCCUAUCACCGGCAUAAUGGAUUCAUUACCGACCUCGAGGCGGGCCUCGUUGUCAUCCAUGAACUCGCCCACUGUCGACAAGGAGGCCUUGCAGAAAGAGCUGGACCACAUUCAUACAACCGCCUCGCGAACAGACACCUUGACUUCAUUCAGCGACUUUGAGCGUAGUCGCACGAGUAGCCCACGUAUUCCGGGUCCGAAAGAGUUGGUCAGUGGCCGUAUCAGCGGCUUGUACUCGCGCUUGAGGCAGAGCGUCGGCGCCUCGUCUCCUGCCUCGGACACUUCAACACGUCCUGCAAGUCGAGGGAGCUACGCCGUCACAGAUGCCUCGUCUUUGAGGAGUUUCUCCAAGCAAGACUCGCCUACACUCCUUCGCUCGAAUCAUGCUUCACGUCCAAGCGACGCUAGUGCUGCCAUCACUGAACCCGACUUUGCCCCACCUCCGUCGAUACCUUCGUCUGCUGUCCAUUCUCGUCCUGGCUCUCGUGAUUUGACUCGCUCGGCAUUGCACACGGCUGCAUCGUCUCCUUCAGCAAGACGUACUUCGCCAAUUCGAGAUACCGAAGGUAAUCAGAGUCAGCCUUCCAUAGCUGAGAAUAAACGAUUGUCGCAAAACUUCGACGGAAGGCGUCUAUCACAAAAUGUCGAGGCAAAGCGAUCCUCGGUCAAUUUUGACAAUAAUCGACAAUCACUGACAGCCGAAGGAAAACGUCUGUCACAUUCAGAUGCCCCUUUCAUGGGCCCUCGGCCAGAGCGUCCUACAAUAUCUGUGCAGUCCGAGAGGACAGACAGUCCUUCGAGUACAGUUGUGCCUGACGAUCGACGUGACAGCGAUGCUUCUUCCAGAUCCCAGAGCCAGUCAAAACCUGAGCGCCCUCCCCUUCGCGUGUCUGCUUCACAUCUACCAAACCUACGAAUCUCCCAGGCGUCCGUCGUAGAUGGAGUGCUUGACACCUCUUCAAUAUUCAGCACAAAACUCAGUACGCCUAUGCUUGACAUACAACCAAACUUCAAUUCUGCCAUGCAAACCCGCCGAAUAGCAGAAAGAGAAGGUCAACAGCUGGAAGGCUUGGACAAGAGAUCUGCCACCAUCCCCGCUCAUCUCAAGCGACGCGUCAUCAGUAAAGAAUUUUGGAUGAAGGACGAGAACGCUCGUGAUUGCUUCUACUGCGGUGAUACCUUUUCAACGUUCCGCAGGAAGCAUCAUUGCAGGACUUGUGGUCAGAUCUUUGAUGCCAAAUGCACUGUGACUGUUGAAGGUAAGCCUUUCGGCCAAUCUGGUACACUGAGACUUUGCAAGCCAUGCGAUGCUAUGAUAUACGGAAGCGACGAUGACUCCACGCUCUUCACCGACGAAGACGACCGUGUGAGAUCUCCAGUCUCUGCAUCUCACUCCCAAGAGCAAGACAUGUUCAAGCCCAAUGAGCCAGCUCUUGCAACACCUUCCAUUGGUAUUCCAGUCUCGAGAAGGAACAGAGAAGCUAAGAGACGCUCUGCUGUCAUCGAGUUUGAUAUGCAACCUACGUUAGCACGGCCGAGCUCAUCACGAUCUUUGAAAUCAAUGACCGGCAGACCACACUCCAAUCACAAGCGCCACCACUCUCGACAUCAAUCUGUGCGUCCGCUCAAGACUGCUGCAGAGGAACGAGGACCGUUCUCCCAAAACAGCAUUACCCAUCGACGAGGACCUUUCACGCCUUUCCACAACGACAACAUCGUUGAUCCAGAUCUCGCUCCGUUCCUUUCCGACGACGGCUCUGACCCGGAAGACCAACCUAGCAUUUACACCACUAUCAGUGACGCUGCUGGCCCUUCAUCGUUUGACCGCGCGAGCUUCUUAAGCUCGGCAGUAAAGAAGAGCCGCUCACGCAGGGCGGAUAGGAGUGCUGGUGGACAUAGCAUACGUUCUUCUCGUGACCUAGAGCAUCUCAUGUUUACAUCCAAGCAUAUCCCACCUAAACAACGAAAGCAACGCAAUUCAAGCAUUGGAAGCGUUGGCAUAUCGCGUCCUUCGCCUCGUAGGAGUCGAAGUCAGAACAUGAAGAUACUGGAAGCCGGCGCGAACGACCCAUCAGUAUUCGACAUCUUCAAUCCAGCACUUGCAGAUCAAGCACAAGUCAAACGCAGCUCUGGCAUGCACGGUCUGAACGCACCCGCGAUUGAACUCAAUAGAGCUAGUCUGCAGCAUGUAGAGCGUCUUCUGACACAACUACUGAAAGAGUCCAAGAUUCCUCGGCGCAGGCACUGGCAAAAAGCAUUGAUGCCAAUCCUUCUACAAUGUCCCAAUGACGUAGAUCCUGAUGUUCAGAAUGGUGAUGAUAUGGAUAUCAGGAAUUAUAUCAAGAUCAAGAAAGUACCAGGAGGAAAGCCUGGUGAUACAUCUUAUGUCUCGGGGGUUGUUUUUAGCAAAAACAUCGCACUGAAAGGCAUGCGUCGCAGUUUUGUCCGCCCUCGGAUUGUGAUCAUAACUUUCGCCAUUGAAUAUGCUCGCCAUAACCAUCAUUUCAUGAGUUUGCAGCCUGUUAUGGACCAGGAGAAAGAGUACCUUGAGAACCUUGUCGGUCGCAUUGUAACAUUGAAGCCGCAAAUUCUUCUGGUUCAGCGAAAUGUAUCAGGACUCGCCUUGAACAUGCUGCAUGAGGCUGGUAUCUCUGUCGUCUACAACAUCAAAGACUCGGUUCUCGCUGCUGUUGCUCGGAUGACGCAGACAGUCUUGAUCAAGUCGAUCGACAAAUUAUCAAUCGAUCCCUCUGGACUAGGAAUGUGCUCCAACUUUGAUGUCAAGACUUAUGUCCAUGGCAGGACCAGGAAAACAUUCAUCUGGAUUUCUGGCUGCCAGCCUGACCUUGGUUGCACAAUUGUCUUGCGUGGAGCGGAGCUGGAGACCCUCCGACAGAUCAAGCGAAUCACAGAAUUCAUGUGUUAUGUUGUGUAUAAUCUCAAGCUCGAGACUUGCCUCAUGAGGGACGAAUUCGUGUUGAUUCCUUCCUCGAUUGGCACCGCCAAGUCUACCCCUCCAAACAUCAACAUCGCAGUUGCUAAAUUUGCGGAUGUUCCUAAGGCUCCUAUCACACCUGUUGCUCAAACACACGGAGAGGAUGGUGAAAGUACGGAAGCAAAUGUCAAACUCGAAGACGAACAGCCUGAGAAUAAGCCCAACGAGCUGAACCACCUUGUUGACGCAGCACGACAUGUUGUACCUGAGCCUUUUUCCACACUUCCAGACGAUCAAGAUGAUGAGUCCAUGCCAUCGCAAUAUCGGGAACUCAUUGAGACAGCGAGGACUCGAUUGAUAUCGUCUUCGCCAUUCGUCAAAUUCCCCGAACCUGUCCUUCUUGCCAAAGUCCAAGACCAAGAACGUAGAGUUGAACAGACGAAACGCUUACGGGAUCGAUAUGAUUCUUUCGAGCUCAGAGAGGAGCAGAGCGAAAAAGCCAGUGAGAACAGAGAAGAAGUCAUAACACAGACCGAAAAGUUUGAAAUGGUCAUUCCCGAAAUGAUUACACAAGCCGUGCCAGCAGAUCAGACCAAGCCAACCCGCAAAUUCCUCCGAGAUAUACACGAAGCGCAAUACCAGAUGGCUCUCCACGACUACAACAUCAAAAAGCGACAAUGGGAGUCCUUCUUCUCCACCAGCAACAAUAACCCUUUUAACCCCUUCAGUCAUCAGAAUAUCUUCGUCUUACAUUCUCUCGUUAGCAACGCACUGUCUGCACCCUGUGCUGGUCCUGAAGUUCUCGGUCUCUCGUUUUAUGCUGGCUGGGGAAAUGCUGAACUCGGACUGGAAGAAGAUCUCACCCUUGGUCAGUUCAUCGAGGAGACUUGCGCUACCGCAGCUACUGCUUGUAAACAGUGCAGUCAUAGAAUGUUUGAUCAUCAUCGUCAAUAUGUUCACGGCGCUGGUCAGAUUAGUGUUUCGGUCAAGCGAUUCCCGUCCAAGUUCCAAAAUCUUCACAACACUAUCCUCAUGUGGUCAACAUGCAAGAUCUGUCAACAAGAAACUACAUGGAUACCGAUGUCAGACAAUACCUGGAAAUACUCUUUCGGAAAAUACUUGGAGCUUAGUUUCUGGAGCACGCCACUGAAACCUCGAGCAGGUGUGUGUCCUCAUGAUAUUCAUAAAGACUUUGUACGCUGUUUCGCAUUUCAAGGUCUUGCUGUUCGCAUCCAGUGGGACAAUGUCGAUACGUACGAUGUCUUGGUGCCGACACCGACGAUCAACUGGGAGGUCAAUGCUGGGCUGGAGCUCAAGAAUCAGCUUUAUUUGCACUUCCAAGCACGUCUAUCAGCUUUUGUUGCGUCCAUCAGGGUCCGUUUGAACUCUAUCAACCUGUCUACGGUGACACCCGAGAAACAGGCUGAUGCUGCAGCUACCCUUGAGAAAUUGACGCACAGAGUGGACAGCGACCAUGAGGCUCUCCUACAAAAACUCCAGGACAAGUACACGGCUUCAAAGUUCUACGAGAUCAUUCCGCUCAAUCGAGCAGUCCGUAUGAUGGACGAAAAGGCACUCGCUUGGGAUGAUGAAUUCCUCGACUUCGAAACCAAGUACUUCCCUUCAGAGCAUGAUAUCCGAAGACUUGCUACUCUGCAGCUAAAGAAGUUGUUUCUCGAUCGGGGCGAGACCACUGGCACUCCCAACAACGACUUGGGUGAUCCUGAUGAGGGCAUGGAAAUGAAAGAAAGACCCACCUCAGGUAUGGGUCUUACUGAUGAGGACCUCCAAUCAGAGAAGGCUCAGCAUAUGCUCACAUCCGUCGUCGAAGAACACGGGCACUCGCAUCCGAAAACGGACACUUCCACCACAUUUCUUGGUCCGGGCAAUCAGACAAUUGAAGUACCAGAUAAUCUCAUCCUAUCGAAGCAACUAUCUCCAAGUGAGAUAGAACAAGCUGUAGAGAGAGAAGACGUCAAGCACCUCGACCUUGCGGUUCCCUCAGCAUUCUCUGAGCCACCCGCGGACCAAGAAACACCCAGAGCCGAGAACUUGCCUCAGAUCGAUGAGAUGUUAGAUAUGAAGUCUCCGGAGGCUUCCGUGACUGAUCCUAAACCACUCAACUCCAGCAUUCUUGAACGUAUCGAACAAAUGCGUUCUUCUGCAGCAGCAGCGAUUAGUCCAGAAGCAGGUAUGCCAGAAUCGAAGAUACCUCGUCUUGUUCGCACUCGAGGUCCUAUAUCCCCGCCACUUGCUCGAACACAGUCUCAACCUGAUGGCAUCCCCAGAAGAGCAGCUGAGCCUACUCAGGAUAUGCCGACCAUCCACGCACUUGCGAGCGGUGAGAGUUCUGGGGCUACGACACCUACGCCCGGAAAACAUCAGAACAAGGACCUGGCCAAGUCUAUCGAACUACGUUUGAGUGAUCGCCUGGGUGGUGGGUUCAUCAAGGCCGGAAGAGGUCAACAGUCUUUGAUCCCCAGAUCGGUACCAAGCAAGGCUUUUGACAACAACACUCGUGUUUCAGCACUUGCCAAGCACUUCGAGCAGCUAUCUCGUGAGUUCGAAAGAGAAAGAGCGCGCGAGCGUAGACAGCGAGCAGCUCGAAGGAGACAAGUUCGUGCCAAUCCUCUGGCUAGCAGCAAACCUGUUGUGGAAGUCUACCGAGAUGCUCGCGAAGCUGUCGGAGAGAAGACAGAGACGGAGACUAUUGACCCUUCUGAAAGCAAAUCAAACGAGAUCGCCGACCUGCCUAUGGAGGACGUUCCCGACUCGCAGUCUGGACCUGUCCAAGACUCACACGAUCAUGAAGACGCUACGGAUAAUGAGACUGCGGAAUCCACAACUGGCCAGACCGAUACAGACGUUGAAGGCGAUACAACUGACAAUGAUAUACACCUGCCUUACAAACCCAAUCUCUCGGAUGCUGGAUCAAUCUCAGGCAAUGGAUCGACCGCAUCGCCCCAUGACACGGAUUCACAUCUAGAAAUGACACUGCCAAGGCAUGAAAAGCACUCUCUCAUGAAGAUGCUCACCAGUUUCUGGUCCGAGCGUUCAUCAUCCGGCUGGAUUGCACUUGACUAUCCUCUGCACUCUACAGAACACGUCUUUGAUGAUAGUGACAUAAUCGUACGCGAAGAUGAGCCUGCCUCAGUCAUCGCUCUUGCCUUGUCCUCUGCAGACUACACCGCCAAGCUUCGAGAAUUUCGCGGUAACCCCAAGAGUGGCUUCCACGGCCAUCAUGGCCACACAGACUCCCAAUCUAGCUUCAAUUUCGCAGCAGACAUCAGUAGCAAUGAUGCUAGUGAGCAAUCCGCCAUCGAGGCAAGUUUGAUCAGUGAGACCGGCACACACAUGAAAUACAGCUUCAGCCACAACAAUGUCCGGGCGACCUGCAAAAUCUUCUACGCCGAAUCUUUCGAUGCACUGCGACGCAAAUGUGGCGUGAGCGAACGUUUCGUCGAAUCACUCUCCCGCUGCGCAAAAUGGGACUCCAAGGGUGGAAAGACCAAGUCUCUAUUCUUGAAAACACUAGACGAUCGUUUCGUUAUCAAGUCGCUUCAGGAAGUCGAGCUCAAGGCUUUUACAAAGUUUGCUCCUGACUAUUUCGCCUUUUGCGCACAAAGCUUAUUCCACGGUGUUCCUUCUGUGAUUGCGAAAAUGUUUGGUCUUUUCCAAGUCGAACUUCGCAAUCCUAGCAAUGGUGUCGAGUUUUCCUCUUACCUUUUGGUCAUGGAAAAUCUCUUCUACAGUCGCAACCCAACCAGAAAAUUCGACUUGAAGGGUAGUAUGCGUAAUCGCAAGAUUGAGAGCACAGGUCUGCCUGACGAAGUCCUUCUGGAUGAAAACUUGGUGGAAACGAUAUUCGAAAAACCGCUCUUUGUCAGAGAACAUGCUAGAAAGCUGCUCAAAGCAAGUGUGUGGAAUGAUACAAUGUGGCUGUGCAGACAAAAUGUUAUGGACUAUUCUCUCAUGGCUGGCUUUGAUGACGAGAAGAAGGAAUUGGUUGUUGGUAUUAUUGAUUGUAUCAGAACAUAUACCUGGGACAAAAAACUUGAAUCCUGGAUCAAGGACCGCGGAAAGAAUAAGCCGACAAUCACUUCGCCGAAGGAUUAUCGUAAUCGCUUCCGUGUUAGUAUGAUGCAAUAUGUUUUGCAGGCACCCACGGUUUGGCAUUCUUUCCUUGCGCCUGGAUUACCGGUCACUGGUGUCACAUUCAAUUCUGCCGGUGGCGUGGAGGUCAUGAAGGUCGGUAACACGACGGCCGCUGUCAUGUCGAAUGGAGAAGGAAGGAGCGUUGCGGGAAGUUGGGAGGAGAGGAGUACUGCUGACGAGGAUCGCAGGCUUGCACUUACUGAAGGUCAAGUCUUGGAUGAUGCGACUAUUCGUGAGAUGAGCACAAUGUCGUUUGUCUAGUAAUUUCUAGCACAUCAAGCAUAGCCAAGGCGUUUCAAAGGCUUCAACGUCAUCAUAGGUUGCUUCAUCAAUAUAGGUCUUCUACCUU